AGCUAAGCUCCUGAUGCUGCAUUGUGUUCAGGAGAUUGUUUUGGGUGGAAUAUGAGCGAGAGACAGAGCGAUUCUUGUUGAAACUUAUAACAGGAAGCGAGGCAGCAUAUGGGAUCAAUCUGGAAGAAGAUCAGGCAGGCUAUGGAGGACAAAAUGCCCUGGUUCAAUACUCGCAUGAAAUGUCUGCCGGAUGGUGGAGUCACCUGCUUCUCUGAGAUGAGCGGCGGCGUGGCGCGGACGGUGGACGGGGCUGGAGAGGAGGACAACAAAACCACGGACGCACGCAGGCAGCUCAAACUCACUCGGCAACACCAAGACCAGUCAGCCCGGACCUCAGAGCAGCACAGCAGUAAGGAAAGCAGCAUAGCAAUAGUACUGCCACAGCAGCCCGGUGAGGAGCAGCAGCACACACCUGAUCUCAUCACUCCCACAGACGAAAAAGUAGAAGUUAUCAAGGUUUACCUUGAGACCCGUCAACAGAAGGACGAGACCCACCAGGAAAGUCUCAAGAUGCUGACGGACGAGGUGUCGCAGAUACAGGAGGUGAGGUACUGUCUGAAGACUCUGAGAGAGCAGAUGGCAGCGAGGCAGAGCAGCAACAACAAUAACAAGUAUCCAGCCAAUGGCUACAAAGUCUCCAUGCCGAGCACCCAGCCAAAUAUCACCAAUGGCAACAUUGUUCAGACUGACUCAGAGCCUCAUGCUGGAGAUAAUCAGGAGGAGACUCUGAGGCUCAGGGAGGCGACCAAGCGUCUGUACGCUCAGCUGAAGGAGCUGGAGAAGAGACACCAAGAAGAGAGAGACAGGCUGCAGGCGGAGAGCAGUGAGUACCGCCGUCGCCUGGAUGAGCAAACAGAGCUGCUGCAGAGGGCAGAGGAGCAGUCGGAGGAGCGAGGUCAGCAGGUGGAGGAGCUUCAGAGGCUGCUGACAGGCAUGGAGCUUGAGAGCACGGCUCUUAAAGACAAGCUGGCUACAGGCGAGGAAGAGCUGCUGCAGCUUAGAGCAGGGGAGGAGCGAGGGCAGGAGAAGGAGCAGAGAUGUGAGAAGCUGGAGAAAGAGCUAGCCACCCUGAAGGAGAAGAUUCAUCACCUUGAUGACAUGUUAAAGAGUCAGCAGAGGAAGGUCCGCCACAUGAUUGAACAGCUGCAGAACUCGCGAACAGUCAUCCAAGAGAGAGAUCGAGUCAUCAUGGAUCUGGAGGAGAGAGUGGCUUUCCUCGAGGCUGAGAACAGAGAAUUGCAUGACCGUAUGGAGCACUUCCUGGACGGGGAGAACGCUCUGCCGCUGACAUCCACUGAGAACAAGCCUCAGGUCAUUUACAGCAAACCACUCACACCAUCAACACACAGCAACAAGUCCCUUCCUUUCAUCAAAGUGAUUGAGAUCAAGUCCUGAACUGCAUGAGGAAGACAAGU